AUGGCUCUGUUACUGAAGCUCGACUCGGUGCCCGGUGUUGAUCCAUCAUUGAGGGGCGCGAGGAGGAAGGUGAGUCAUCGAAUCGUGGGGUUGCAGGAGAUAGUGGACGCGAUUUCAGAAGUUUUGUCGUCGAAACCCACGAAUACGUGGCACCGAAGGUUGCGUCCAGUGGAUCGCACCGAAACGCCGUUGAUUGGUGGACAAAGAUCCAGUUCAACGCCUAGGAUCGAAGCACGGAGCCGCCGCUGCCGUUGUGUCGCGCGAGGGAAUGAAGAAGAAGAAGAAAGAGAAUGGACUAAUAACAGGAAUGAAGAAGAGAAGGGAAAAGGCGAAGGAGAGAAGAAGAAAGAGGAAGAAAAAGGAGCCCUAAUGUCUUCUAAACGACGCCGUUUUGGAGGGAUCCAUUGGACCGAAUUUAAGUGCUACAGGCUGGCCUAG